CACAACCAACACCAGAUUUACAUCAAGUCCAGUUUAUUCUCAAACCUUAAAAUUGGGGGACCAUUUUUACACAUCAGUUUAAAACCCCUUCACGGGAAUCUCAUGUCUAAUCCAUAAUCGUGGACUAAUAUAAUACUUCAAUAGUCGUCGGCAUACCCUCCGAUUUUCGAGGAGUUUCACGACCGAAAUCUUGACACAACGUGUAUUGUUUUGGUGGUGCCCAAUUCAUGCUACAAUGUUGAUCUAUAUUUGUAGUUAAGUUAAGUAACGUUAAAAUAUGCAAAAGUUAUACAAUAUCAAAUCUCAAUCUGAAACGUUCCUUGACAAAGUCAGUUGCUUUAAUAAGGAUGGGAAAGAAGAGCGACAUUCGAUCUUCCAAUUCUAAUAUUUAGUAAUUCGUAAUUUAUUCGUUAUUCGAUCUCGAGUUUCUUCCUGAGCUCCUCCAAGGACUGUUUAGCUACCUGAUAUUUUGUAGAGGAUGAAGUUGCUAAAACCAUCCUGGAUAAAUCAUGACGGGCAUCCAAUAUUUUCUAUUGAUAUACAUCCAGACGACGAGCAUUUAGCUACCGGGGGUCAAGGCGACGACAACACUGGCCGAGUUGUGAUAUGGAACUUGAAAGCAGUAUUAUCGGAGAAUUCUACAGAGACUGCAAUUCCAAAACUUUUUUGUCAGCUUGAUCACCACAGUGCCUGUGUCAACUGUGUCCGAUGGAGCAAUUCUGGCCGUUUCUUAGCAUCUGGUGGAGACGACAAAGUCAUCAUAAUUUGGAAGCUAGUGACCAGAUAUUCUGGAAAUGCUGUGACAAAUUCUGCAUUUGAGAAGAAUAAUUUGGAGGUUUGGAAGACAGUGUCCAUCUUGAGGGGGCAUGAUGGUGAUGUUCUCGACCUGGCAUGGUCUCCUAAAGAUACAUACUUGGCUACUUGCUCAAUUGAUAACAGCAUCAAGAUUUGGGAUGCUCAAAAUUUUCCCCAAGUUGUUGUCACCUUACUAGGACAUACGAGCAUGGUGAAAGGAAUAACGUGGGAUCCCAUAGGAAAAUACAUUGCUAGUCAAUCGGUAGACAAGACUUUGAGAAUUUGGCGAACGUCUGAUUGGACAACAGAACAUGUGGUUAAAGAGCCAUUUGUGGAUUGCGGGGGAACAACUCAUGUAUUGCGGCUAGGAUGGUCUCCGGACGGUUUAUAUCUUGUAUCCGCACAUUCAAUGAAUUUUGGCUUCCCAACUGCUCAAAUUAUAGAAAGGGACGGCUGGAAGGUGGACAAAGACUUUGUGGGACAUCGGAAAGCCGUCGUUUGUGUGCGUUUCAACAACAAUAUUCAAGAAAAUAAUCGAGUUAAACAAUGUUGUGUCGCUAUUGGAUCUCGCGAUCGAUCAAUUUCAGUUUGGUCGACUGCCUUGAAACGUCCCGUCGUAGUUGUCAAAGACGCCUUUUCUCAUUCCGUGAUGGAUAUAACUUGGUCUCAUUGUGGUACAAUUAUGAUGGCUUGUUCUUGGGAUGGGUCCGUGAUGGCUGCUCAGUUUUCGUAUACAGAGAUUGGAAAACCCCUUUCUCAGGAAGAUACGGAUUCUUUGUAUCAGCGGUUUUACGGGGACACUGGCCUAACUGUAAACAAGCAGAAUAUUGUACCAAACAUGGAAGUGUUCUUGGCGAGAAACACGAAAACAGAACAAAAUAAGCAGGAAGAAUUAUCUCAUGCAAAACCCGCAAUCGAACCAUCUCCCCCACAAGUUUCAAUGCCACCGCCGAGUAGUAGGAUGUUAGACGCCAGUCCAGAGAACACCAACAAGGGACCCACCACUCAGAUUGAAACCAGAACGGCGGAUGGGAAACGUAGAAUCACCCCAAAAUUCUUACCCCUCCCCACCGAAGACAACAUGAUACCUACAAGUGAGGAACCAACAGUAUUUACAAAUAAGGACGGAAUUUCUACAACGACACAAGAAAAUUUAAGAGAAAGUAUUCAAAAUAUGGUUUCGAACAUUGACGAUGUUUCAUUUGGUGAGAGUAAAAAGUUGGCGGCCAAAAGUGAUGCUGUCAAUUGUUCCGGUGGAUCAGCUCAAAAGGAGCAAUCUCCUCCUCCCACUUCGACACCGAUGGAAAUCGAUCCAUUACCUACACCUACAACAGUAAAUGGAUUUGAAAGUAAUUCGAAAACGACCACUGCUGAUCCUGUAAAAAAUGGUGUGAAUGGUGCGAGUGCAUGUCAAGCAGAAUUAAAUAAUGUAACUAAUGGGGAUACAAUUUCCAAACCUGUUGUGAAUGGAACGAGUAGUGUCGAUCCAACUACUACUCAAGCAGCAAGCAAACCAACGCCGACGACAACGUUACUCACAACAUCUAGUCAGCAGCAGCAGGAUGGAGAUCUCAAGACGGCUAAGACACCCCUAACGGAUCAAAUCCCACCUGUGAAUAUUAUUCAAGUUAAGCGGAAACGACCCAUGGAAGACCUGAAGCCACCAGUGAUAAGUAAUAAGAAAAAAUUUACUCCACAAUCCCUAAGGACUUUCCCUGCUAGGAAAUCGGAUGAAAAUAGUCCUACACCGCUUGAGCAGAUUGGAGUUCAAAAUUCUAGAGUAGUAGCUCCUACAAAAACUGGUUGCUCUUCAAAAUCCCGUCUUCCACCCAUGAAGAUUGAAUUUACAUUCGCCCUUCAGGUUAAUAUAAAACCAGAGACUGCAUACUCUCUUGAAAUUAGCAAUAAUUACAAAAGACCUGAUGGUAUCUGCCAUCAGAUAAAGUGCCAACAUUCGCCAUCGUCUAUGCAAGGGUUGGGUUGGACGGGUUGCACCGAUGCUCCAAUAUGUGCUGUGUCUGGAGAUUUACAUAGGAUUGUCGCUUUAUGCGAGGAUGCUUCCGUUCAUGUUUUUGACAUAAAAGGUCGCUACGCCAUGUCGCCCUUUGUACUGUCUGGUUAUCCAAGCCGAUUGGUCCAAAGCGGACGACUCUUAUUAGUUAUAACGAUUAAAGGGAUCCUACACAUUUGGGAUAUUCAUAACAAAACGGUCGUCAUUAAGUCAGAAUCAUUAGUUCCAAUUUUGAACCAACCUGGUGGAAAUGAACCUGGUGAAAAAUCUGUUGAUAUUACAAAUAUUUUUAUUGCUGCCGGUAGCUCACCUGUGAUAUUUUUGUCUAAUGGGAAAUCGUUCAUAUUUAAUAACGGAAUGUGUACAUGGUCUUUGUUUGCUGACGCUGGAGGCCUUGUGUCGUCACCAAUGAUGCCUGAUGCUGGGGAAUUGGCUUCCUCCUUUGGAAAAACUAAAUUAAAUGGUCGCCGACGAAAACCGGAACCUGCUGUACUCUCUCACAUCAAACUUCAACUCAUUAAGGCUCUGGAACUAAAGAAAGCCAGCUCUAUCCAACAAUGGCUCGUUGUUUUGGGGAAAACAUUGGCUUCUUGUGGUUUGGAAAAAGAGUUGCAUAUAUUAUGUGAAGACUUAUUAGGUCCAGCACAUUCCAGUGCCGCUUCGGGAGUCUCAUGGGCUCCUAAACUAGGGGAUUGUGUCGAUAAGCGUGCAAUGCUACGAGAGAUACUGAAUAGUCUACUGGAUGACCUUCGAUGGCAAGAUUUCUUUUGUGAAUUCGACGAGCAGCUUCGUGAUGUCGAAGGUUUAAUAUGUUAACAUCAUCACUACCACUACAAUUACAAAACUCAGCAGCAUAUCAUGAUUGUAUUAUUAUUAUGUUUACACCACAAGUAUAUGGAUCUUGCCAUGUGAUUCCGAGAAACCUAGAGUUACGUUUUAACCUUUGACGUUAAUACGCCAAACACGAUUUUAAUACAACAAAACAUAUUUUGACGAUAUUUAAUAAAGCCAAAACUAACUAGUUUUGCUACACAUUUUUCGAAUGAAA